AAAUGGAAGAGGAAUUUAAAUAAAAGUGGGGUUUUGCAGCUCUUUUAAAGUAUGCUUCAGAGAGAGAGAAGGAUAAAGAUAAACCAAUAUAUAAAUUAUGGCAUGGAAUGAAUUUAGAGGAAUUAGGAGUACCUUUAUAGGAAAAUAAGUAUAUUAGUCUAAUAAAAUGAAAUUAGAUUACCUGGAUAACCUACAAAGAUUAUAUCACCUUUUAUAGAUGAUAAUGCUACCCAACCAGAUCCACUUUCAAAACCUCAUGAUUGGAUUAAAUAAAAAUUAAUGCCUCGUCCUAAUAGUGUGAAUAGAAAGAAAGAAAUGUAUAGUUUAUUUUCAGAAGAAACUAAUUUCUAUAUAUUUUAUAAUGUUAUGGAUGAAGAAUAAUAAUUAUUUGCUGUAGAAAAUCUGUAAAAUUGAAUCAAAUAUUAUUAUUAUAGGUACUCAAAGGGAUGGAAAUAUAAUAUAAGGAAGGAAUAGUGGUUUAAGGAUAUUUCAUUGAUUAACAAGAAUUUAUAUUCAGGAAAAUAUUUCAGUAUUGCAAAUUGGAAAAUAAUGGAAAGUUCAUAAAUUGACAUGUAAGAAUCUGAUUUGUGCACACUUGAAUAAUUCUUCAAUAAUUAAAAUUAAUGA